UAUACGUUUUUUGAUGAUUUUGACACGCAUGAUCGAUUCAGACAGGAAACGUACCAUCAAGGUAUACUGGAUGGGUUACUAAUGUCAGGGUAUAAGGACAACAAAAUUAGCAGACUACGACGUAGAAUUUGGAAAGUUAUUGAUUACAAGGAACACACUAUCCUUGCAAAGAUUUACCUUGUGUUGGUAUUCCUGAUGGUGAUGUUAUGUAUCAUGGAACUAGCUCUGAGUACCGAUCCAAACUUUCAGCGUAAAUUAACAAGAUGUGAGCUUUUGGAAUAUCUAGAGCACACGAAUCGUAAACUUGCAGACAAGGCUAGAGACAAAUUUGGAAACCUUGACUGUUUACAUGAAUUUGCGUACGAUGGCGAUGAUGACCUAAAUCUGGAUGAACUGUUCUGGACGGAGGAAGUGGAAUCGUUUAUCGAUGGAAAUAUCGAUGGAAAUAUGACGUCAUCUAAAUCAAAUGUGACGCUUCCGGAUAAACGAACGAAGCUGUUUGCGUUUGAAGUUAUUGGAAUGACUACAGCUGCUUUCUUCACGGUUGAUCUGUUACUGCGAUUAUUCACCUGUCCAUCCUUGACCCGAUUUUUCAGAUCUGUGAUAAACAUAUUUGACAUUUUAGCCCUUCUAGGCUUCUACAUACAUAUAGUUGUUAUAAAUAUUCAGAAGGAGCACAAAUAUGACGUUAGUUGGAUACGGUUUAUUAACUAUCUACAGAUAUUCCGGGUAAUGAGACUCUUCCGCAUUGUUAGGAACGUGCGUGCUAGUCGCGUGCUCACGUUCUCUUUACGUCAGAAUGGGCGGGACAUGACGCUGCUUGUGUUACUUGUGAUGAUUGGAGUCAGUACAUCGGCUAGUCUGAUUUACUUUAUUGAGGACAGAGAUGUGAUAGAAUCUAUACCAGUUGCUUGGUACUGGGCAAUGAUAACGUUGACAACGGUUGGGUACGGUGACGUGACUCCCAAGUCAGGGUUCGGUCGAGUAGUUGCGUCACUUCUGGCUAUCUGUGGAGUACUUCUUUUGGCAAUAACCCUGCCAAUGUUUGUUAACAACUUUCUUACUUUAUAUCAGUACUCCUGCGUUGAUGAAACCAUACAAGAACGCGCAAAGAACAGACAGAAACUUAAAGGCGCAAUUAUAGCGGACAAGUGUCGCAUGUAAACAACGCACUGAAUAUUGUGAAAGAAGAAACAGAAACGUUCUAUUAUGACGACGACAGUGUAUCGGGUACAAUUCCGGUUUAUGUAUUACCGAAGAAACAGUCACUGAAAACAAAAAAUACAAAGUGAAUAAAACUCAUACGUUAACCUUUUGUGCGUAAGUGAGUGAGUGAGUGAGAGAGUGUGUGAGUGAGUGAGUUGGGGGGUAAAUGAGUGAGUUAGUUGGUGAGUGAGUGAGU